CUGUGUUCCCUGUGUCCCCUCUGUCUCCUAUGUCCCUUGUGUCCGCUGUGUCCCUUGUGUGCACUGAGUCUCCUGUCUCCCUUGUGUCCCCUAGUAUCCCUUGUAUCCCUUGUGUACCCUGUGUCCCUUUGUGUCCCUUGUGUUGCUUGUGUCUCCUUGCAUCCCUUUUGUACUUUUGUGUCCCCUGUGUCCCUUGUGUUCCCUGUGUCCCCUGAGUCCCUAGAGUCGCCUGUGUCACUUGUGUCCCCCGUGUCCCUUGUGACCCCUGCAUACCUGGUUUCCCCUUGUGUCCCAUGUGUCCCCUUGAGUUGAUUGUCUCCUGUCUUCCCUGUCUCCCUUGUGUUCCCUAAGUCCCCUGCCUCCAUUUUGUUUCCCUGUGUCCCUUGUGCCCCUGUGUCUCCUAUGUCCUUUGUGUCUGCUGUGUCCCUUGUGUCCCCUGUGUAACUUGUGA